CUUUACUGCUUCCUCUUUCUUCUCUACCGCACCACAUCUGUCUCCGGGUUACGGAUAGUUCAGUUGUGGGUUUGCUUGUCUCUUCAGCAAAUCAACCAGGCAUCUCGUGCAACCUGUCCAGACAUCAUAGUAUCCUUGUCCGCCCAAUGCAUCAUCCAGCCUCGCUUCCAUCCGGCUGAAUGAGCCAGGUUCCAACGCCACAACUCGAAGCUUUCCUUCCCACUUGACCGGGGUGCCUGCACUUCUAUCUAACAUAGCAUCUUGCGAGGCAACAACACCCAUCUUCAGAGCUUGCCCAUGGCGGAGUCUCAGUCUCCUCUCCAGCGGGCCCCCACCAACACCUCGGGUAACGAUCUCGACGAGGCCGCUUCGCUAUCAGCCGUGCAUUCUGCCGCUUCUUCUGUAACCUCAAUCCGGCCAUCGCUUCAGACUGGUCGAUCUCUGUCAACUCACUCUUUGUUGGCCAGCCACAAGGGCCCGGAUGUUCGAAGAUCUGUCCACGCUGAGACCACUCGGGCUUCUGCCGACCGUUCUAGUAUGAUGUCAGGAUCAUCGUCCCAGGUCACUUCCCAGGCUUCCACGUCCAAGGGCGAACAGUCACUUCCCGCUGGCCAAACCUUGGAAACGGCAAUUCAUUCACGUGAAACUGAAACCAUACUACCUACGAGGACGCCUAGAGUCAGCCAGCCUCGUUCUGUGUCUUCAAACCGCCGGCUGAGCACGACUGGAUCCUCCCGGAAUGAGAGCGUAGGCGCUGAGCACAAAGCACCAUUUGGCCGCAUUGGAGUUUGCGCGUUAGAUGUCAAGGCAAGAAGUCGACCCAGUCGACAAAUCCUGACCCGACUACAGGGAGAUGGAGAAUUUGAUGUCAUUGUUUUCGGCGAUAAAGCCAUUCUUGAUGAAGACGUGGAGAAUUGGCCAAUAUGCGAUUAUCUGAUAUCGUUCUUCUCAGAUGGCUUCCCACUAGACAAAGCUAUCGCUUAUGCUAGGUUGCGCAAGCCCUUCGUGGUUAAUGACCUCCCUAUGCAAAAGGUACUAUGGGAUAGACGGCUCUGUCUAAAGAUCUUGGAUCAAAUGCAUAUUCCAACCCCAAAACGGAUAGAAGUUAACCGCGAUGGUGGUCCAAAAUUGGAAUCGCCUGAGCUGGCACAGCACGUCAAAGCAAUGACAGGGGUAGUGUUGGAAGGGCCCGAAGAUGGGACCGGUGGCGGUGCCCCAAUAACGCAACAGGUCGAGUUGAUUGACGAUGGCGACACCCUUUUCGUGGAUGGGAAGACAUUCAAAAAGCCUUUUGUCGAGAAGCCAGUGAAUGGCGAGGACCACAACGUCAUUAUUUACUUCCCCAAGAGCCAGGAAGGAGGUGCUCGACGAUUGUUCCGAAAGAUCGGAAAUAAAUCGUCAGAGUACGACCCCAAUCUUGUCAUCCCUAGGUCCAUCACAGAACCCGACAGCAGCUACAUUUACGAGCAGUUCCUGAGGACCGAAAACUCGGAAGAUGUGAAAGCCUACACCGUUGGUCCGACGUAUUGUCACGCAGAGACAAGAAAGUCCCCCGUCGUUGACGGUCUGGUCCGCCGCAAUACCCACGGGAAGGAACUCAGGUACGUUACCAAGCUCAGCGACGCCGAAAGAGAAAUGGCCGCCAAGGUCUCCCAAGCCUUUGGUCAGCGUAUUUGUGGCUUCGAUCUGUUGCGGACCGGCACUGCUAGCUAUGUCAUCGACGUGAACGGCUGGAGUUUUGUCAAGGACAAUGAAGACUAUUAUAAUGAUUGUGCACGGAUUUUACGGAGCAUGUUUCUGGCUGAAAAGUUCAGGAGGGAGAAUGGCCUUACUGAUGAGCAGCCUGAUAUGGCCGGUGAUGGUGCGCAUCACCGUCGACAGGGUAGCAAUCACCCACACCGGUCAGCACUGAAGACAAUCUUGAAGUCGCCUAGCAUGGGAAAGCUCUCUCAACACCUACCCUAUACUGGGCGGCACCAUGCCUCGAGUGUUACGGCGUCGGUGAAGAGCUCGGCUGCAACUACGCCUCUGAGUUCCCCUCCAAGCAUAGAGAAGUCUACCCAUGCCAACCUUCCCUCCUCCACUACUAUUAUCGACAAUGCAGAUAUUCUUCCUCCGCCCAAGCUUGCAACAUCAGCCCCCGCUGGAAUAUCUGCGGAGCCUGUGGCACCUGUCAAGCCUGCUGAGCCCGCUGCGCCCUUGCCAUCGUCAAAACACUCGUGGAAACUAAAGGGAGUUGUCACAGUCAUCAGACAUGCCGACAGAACUCCGAAGCAGAAGAUCAAGUUCACCGCCCAUUCACAGGUAUUUGCAGACCUCUUGAAGGGGCACCACGAAGAAGUGCUUCUCAAAGGAGAGGCGGCUUUGGCGAGUGUUGAGGCAGCGGUUAAGAUUGCUCAGAAGGAAGGUCUCGAAGAUCCGAAUAAAUUACGAAAUUUACAGAUUGCCUUGGCCAAGAAGGGUAAGCAGCCUGGUACAAAAGUCCAGAUCAAACCAAUGUUCCGGAAGAGAAGGCCCGAAGAAAUGGGCGAUGGUUCGGCAGAGGCCUUGAGGACCAACAGUCAAGACGACUCGAACGUAGCGCCCGAUCAAUCGGAACUGUCCCAAUCUCCAACCACCGAACGGACGACUUCUAAAGAGAUGCCACGGAUGCAAUCACGCAGCGAUUCUAUAUCAGGUACAACCUUUUCGCGGUUUUCGGCUGCAGAAAAUGAUCUUGUCCUUGAUAAGUUGCAACUGGUCAUGAAAUGGGGCGGAGAGCCGACGCAUUCUGCUCGUUACCAAUCCCAAGACUUGGGCACCAACAUGCGAGACGACUUCAAACUCCUCAAUCGGGAGCUCCUCGAUGACGUUCGCAUUUUCACCAGUUCGGAAAAUAGAGUCAGGACCAGUGCUCAAAUUUGGGCAGCUGCCUUCCUAGACCGUCAGGAUAUCCCGGAAGAUCUGAUCACAGUUAGGAAGGAUCUCCUGGACGAUUCCAAUGCCGCGAAGGACGUCAUGGACAAAGUGAAAAAGAAGCUUAAGCAUCUCCUUCGAGAAGGCAGCGUCCCGGAAGAGUUUGCAUGGCCAAAAGAUGUACCGGAGCCAUAUGUCGUUAUGCAGACUGUUAUCGAACUGCUCCGGUUCCAUCGGCGAGUGAUGCGCCACAACUUCAAAAAACUUGCAACAGGAGCAGCUGCGUCUUUGGCGGCCAUCAACGGCUCCGCAGAAGGUAAAGACACGAAUGGCCAACCGCGAGAGUACGUCAGCGUCGCCUCUAUUCAAUCUAGGUGGUGUACAGGGGAGGAUCCAGAGCUGUUCAGAGAACGGUGGGAGAAGCUAUUCACGGAAUUUUGCGACACCGAAAAGGCCGACCCCAGCAAGAUCUCCGAAUUGUAUGACACGAUGAAGUACGAUGCACUCCACAACAAACAGUUUCUAGAGUGGGUAUUCACCCCAAGUCAAUCACUGCUUGAGGAGAUGGCCAAGGAAGAAAGUGCACUUUCGUCGAGCGCUUCGCCUGAGCCCGAGAGAACCGAUGACGGCCCUGCCUCGACUGGCAGUCGUGGUCGUCACGAAAGCACGGUUUCGUCAAGUGGAAGCAUCCAUGAUCGGCAUAGCUUUGCACAGAAGAUCGGUCUCAGAAGGCAAUCCAUCCUCAAGCAGCCGCUUCCCACGCCGCCUCUGAACUCUUGGGAGCAAGGGGCUUCAUACUUCAAGCUCUUCACUGGUUCGGGAGACAGUCGGUCCAUGGUUGACCAGAGACUCAGUCGCCUCCGAGAGCUGUAUCGGUACAGCAAGAUUUUGUUCGACUACAUCGGCCCACAGGAGUACGGUAUUAGUAACGACGAAAAGCUGGAGAUCGGUCUCCUGACCUCUCUCCCACUACUCCGGGAAAUUGUGUCAGACCUUGAGGAACUCCAAGCUUCCGGGGAUGCCAAGUUCUUCGUCUACUUCACCAAGGAAUCGCACAUCUAUACGCUGCUCAACUGCAUUAUGGAAGGCGGAAUCCAUACCAAGAUCAAACGAUCGACGAUCCCCGAGCUUGACUACUUGUCGCAAAUCUGUUUUGAGCUGUACGAGGCUAGGGACGCCGAAACCGACGAAUCGACCUAUUCCAUCCGCAUUUCUAUUUCUCCCGGUUGCCAUACCAUCGACCCGCUCGACGUGUCCCUUGACUCUAAGCACGCCAUUGGAAGCGCGCCGCGUCGGUCCUUGACUAACCACCAGGACUGGAAGGAGGUUAUUUCAACCUUGAAAGCCAAAUUCAACACUGUCCAGUUGCCCAAAUCGUUCCUGGCCGUGAAUGUCAGUUACAAGCAUGAGGAGGAGGCUCAGAGACGCGCGAGCUUGUUGCAAAGCGAGGCUGCCAAAGAGGAGCAAGGGAAACUGGACCGUGCGGAUGGAGAAGCACAGGCAAGAAAUAAUCCUCCUCUCAUCGAGGGCGCAGGAGUUGGCGGCGGUACUAGUACUGUCAACGAUGACACUAAUGAGGCGCUGGCAGCUCCAGAGUCAGUACCCGCGGAGAUACCUUCGUCGGAGACGGAGACGGAGACGGAAAUGUCGCCCCGCCCUCUAUGACCGUCGAACAAACCAGAGUGAUAUUGCUAGAGGGGAAGAAGAGUAUGUGAGCACGAACUGAUUGCCUUUGUUGGGCCCGAUGCACUGUCGCUCCUGUCGAGGCCGGGGCUACGAAAACGAACACGCCAAAUCGACGUCGUGUCUCACAAUGAAGCACCGACUCUACAAAGCAUACAUGUACAUCUUGAUGGUUUGGUGGCACUAUCGAAGAAGGUGUUUAGAACGUCUUGGUGAUGAGGAGUUGGCAGACUGAUUACUGCUUACUGUUUAUUGUUUAUUGUUUAUUGUUUACUGUUGCCGUUACGGUCAGACUCGAUGAUUGUAUGUCUUGUAAAUAUCUUAGAAUGGGGCUGGGCUUCCUGUACAACGAUGUAGAAGAGUGGCAGCAGUUAAAUAUAUACACUAUGAUCAUGUACAUACUAGUACGUAUAUAUCUGGCGGAUUAGGCAGUGUACUUAGGUCGUACAUUACUGUAGGUAGUUGGGCAGAAACGACACUAUGGACAUUAUUUAUCUAUGCUGAAACGAGCCGGGUACUUACAGUAUGCAUGACGGCACAUCCUACCUAUAAUCAAGAGAGCUUUUGUCAUGCAUUGGCUGGACCCGGAGUGUCGAGGUCAAGCAAGUAGCAAGUUUUAUUCUGAUGUUUGAAAUUCCCGAGUCUGACUCUGGUAGGAAGUUUGAGAAUAUUCACAAAGUAUAUCCCACUCCACACUGGCAACCGGAUACAUCUACCAAGAGAUAUAUAUACAUAUAAGGCAUGACAGGCAACUAUUGUAACUUAUGACCUGUUUUCUUCAUAUAAAGUACCUAGGCACUGACUCCCGAGAUGCAAGUGUAUAUACAAUUGCGCAACGUAACUGCAUCAGUACGUAAGGUAUGUACAUAAAUAUAUAUAUUGCGAGUUGUUGUGUCAGUUAUUUGGGCUCCUUAGACGUUGAACGUACAGUCUACUGUUCCAAAAGCGUUCUGGACGAUCGAUGGGAGUGAGGCAUGGAGGAGUGGAUGGUAGAAUGUGCCGUCGAUUGGCAAUAAUAUACUCUAAAAACAUACCUAUAUGCAGUGCUAUGCUAUGCAACCUUCUAUUUCUAGACCUGUCUAUGCGCCUCUUGCAAUGCUCUUCUAUGGUCAUCUUCAU